AUGGCCAACAACUGGGAGCUCCUGAAGGCCGUAGCAGAUGGAGCGCAGGUGCUGGAAAUUGAAAUGAAGGAUCUGGUCAAGGGAUUUCUGUUCACUUUGUGCUGUGGUAUCUCCUUUGCCCUCUACUUUCAUCAGGGGGAAAAAGAAGAAAAGUGCAUCAUAGAGGACAUCCCAGGUGAAACCCUGGUUACAGGACGAUACAAAAUGCAAUCUUGGGAUUUUGGUACACAUGAUUUUCUUCCUUCUGCCCCAGGUUUGGGUUUGCUUGUGAAUGUCAAAGGUCCAGAUGGACAGAUAUUGCUGCAUAAAUUAUAUGGUCCAGAAAGUCAUUUUACAUUUCAGUCACACUCUCAAGGGGAGCACUACAUCUGCCUGACAUCCAACUCCACCAAACUAGCAGUGUUUGCUGGGAGCAAAUUGCGCAUAAAUUUGGACAUUCAGGUUGGCGAACAUAUCACCGAAAAGUCUCCUGAUGAAGCCAAGGACAAGAUGAAUGACGUGGAGGAAAGAAUUCAGCAUUUGAUAGAGCAGAUGCAAUAUAUCAGCAAACAGCAGGACUACCAGAGGUCACGUGAAGAAGAAUUUCGACAAAUCAGUGAAGGAACUAACAAUAGCAUCUUAUGGUGGUCUCUCGUUCAAACCACUAUCCUUCUCACAAUGGGAGUCUGGCAAAUGAAGCACAUGAAAAAUUUCUUUGUAGCCAAGAAACUAGUAUAA